AUGAUUCCCAAGCUAGCCGACUUCGGGCUCGCAACAAGACUCGACAAGCCGUCUACUAGUGGCGGGAUGAUAGGGAAGCAAAUUGGCAUUCAUCCUAUCCAACCAGACUACUACCGUGCUCCGGAGGUAAUUCUCGGCUGUGGUUGGGAUUUCAAGGCGGAUAUUUGGAAUUUCGGUGUGCUGUUAUGGGAUGUAUUUGGUGCCAACGAGUUGCUGUUCCAUCAAGUGCAUGAUAAAGAUGGACAAUACCAUGCCAAAGCACACCUCGCAGAAAUGAUUGCCCUACUUGGCCCGCCCUCUAUGGAGUUGCUUGCAAAGUCAAGAACCAUGUCAGAACACAACUGGCCUCAACCUGUAACAAAUGAAAGUGGCAAACUCUGCAAUAAUUCCCAGGAAUUCUUCAACGGUCCUUUCUUCAACGCAGAAGAUAAAUUCCAACAUAAUGAGUUGAUUCCGCACCGAAGUCUCGAAGACACAGUUUCGUUCCUUGAAGAGAAAGAUCGAGAGGCAUUCCUGUCUUUUGCUCGGCAAAUGCUCACCUGGCACCCGGAAAAGAGAAAGACGGCUCGCGAACUGAUGAACCAUCCGUUUCUCAAACUUAGUUGA